AAAACUUCCAACUAAUGACAAUAGAGUAGGGAUCCAUCAGGGUUCUUUAUUAGGGAUUUAAUAGUAACAGACAGAUUGUAGGUUAGUAACGUGGGACUGUCACGUAUAUACAACAAGUAAAGCGAAAAUGAAUUUGGAAUUAUUAGAAUCGUUUGGUCAAAAUUAUCCAGAGGAAUUCGAUGGCACAUUAGAUUGCAUAUCAUUAGCAGUAACUUGUACAUUUAACAAAAGAGGAACUCUACUUGCUGUUGGAUGCAAUGAUGGUAGAAUUGUUAUUUGGGAUUUUUUGACUAGAGGUGUUGCCAAAAUUAUUAGUGCACAUGUACAUCCUGUAUGUUCAUUAAGCUGGUCUAGAAAUGGACAUAAAUUAUUAAGUGCCUCUACAGACAACAAUGUUUGCAUAUGGGAUGUUCUAUCAGGAGAAUGUGAUCAAAAGUAUAGAUUUCCUUCUCCUAUAUUAAAAGUACAAUUUCAUCCAAGAAAUCUUAACAAAUUUUUAGUAUGUCCGAUGAGACAUGCAGCAGUAAUGGUAGAUGCAGAGGGUACACAUAGAGUUAUUCCUCUUGAUGAUGAUAGUGAUUUGAACAUUGUUGCAUCUUUUGAUCGUCGUGGAGAUUAUGUAUAUACUGGAAAUGCUCGUGGUCGAAUUUUAGUUCUUGAUGCAGAAUCUUUGAAUGUGAAGGCAUCGUAUAAAAUAUCACAAGGCACUGCUAGUAAUACAGCUGUAAAAAGUAUUGAAUUUGCUAGACGUGGCUCGUGUUUUUUAGUAAAUACAUCGGAUAGAGUAAUACGUGUAUAUGAUAGUACUGAAGUCCUAGCUUGUGGAAAGGAUGGUGAACCUGAACCAAUACAAAAGUUACAAGAUCUUGUAAAUAAAACUAUGUGGAAAAAAUGUUGUUUUUCUGGAGAUGGAGAAUAUGUAUGUGCUGGAUCUGCGAGACAGCAUGCUUUAUACGUAUGGGAGAAAAGUAUUGGCAAUUUAGUAAAAAUUUUACAUGGAACUAAAGGAGAGUUGUUACUUGAUGUUGUUUGGCAUCCUGUGAGACCGAUCAUUGCUUCUAUAUCAUCAGGUGUAGUUUCUAUUUGGGCACAAAAUCAAGUUGAAAAUUGGUCUGCAUUUGCACCAGACUUUAAAGAAUUGGACGAAAAUGUUGAGUAUGAAGAAAGAGAGAGUGAAUUUGAUUUAAGCGAUGAGGAUAAAUCUGUUGUUCAAGGUGAAGAAGCUCAGGAUGAAGAGAUAGAAGUAGAUGUUGCAUCUAUUGAUAGAGUUGCUGCUUUUUGUAGCUCUGACGAAGAAAUGGAAGAUAUUGGUUCACUUCAAUUUUUACCAAUAUCCCCAGAUGUAGAAGAUUCAGAAGAUAACCAAACAACACCGCAUGAACCGCCUAUGAAAAAACAUCGUUCUCACGACAUUCAUUUACAAGGUGCACCGGUAGAUGAAACACAUCCAUUAUUGAAUAAAGGAAAAGACAAACCAACAACCAAAAAGGGCAGACCAAGAUUAGAGCACAGAAAGGGAAAAUAAUUUAGAAUAUAUUAUGUGUAUAUUUCUAGUAUUAAUAAGUAUCUUAUAAUGUACAGAUUGACUAAAUCUUAAAAUAUAUUAUCAGUAGUGGUAAUAUUUUACACUCGUAAAAUAUGCCAUAAAAUGUGUUACUACUUCCUAUGGAAUGUAUCUUACAUGUUAUUACAUGUAUUAUUCUUACAUGUGUGAUAUUGAA